AUGUUCCUUGGAGGUUCUGAAAAUCAGGAAAGUCCUGGCGCUGGUUCGACUCAUUCAUCGAUUUCACCUCCGAUAUCGCUGAUGCACGAUAUUACAACGGCAUCAUCACCAACAACUAUAACUAGUCAACAAACUACUAAUACAUUACCCGUCACACUAUCACAAAUAUGUACGCCAGGAACUGCACCACUCGGUAGUCAUCAAAUUUUAAUCGAUCCAGCAACCGGUCAACAUUUUUUGGUAUCUUCUGCACCACCACCACCACAUCCACAAAUAAUCUAUCAGCCGGUUUACUAUUCUACUACACCGGCACAACCAGUUUAUUAUCAUCCUUUCCCAUCCGGAGCUCAUAGCGCAUAUGUCGUGGCUGCUACACCAAUAACCACUUCCCAAACCGGAAAUCAAAUAGGAUCAUCGCAUAUGGCACUUGGACAGCGCUUUUCCUCAACUCCACCACCGCCGACGGGUAGCACUGGAUGUUUUGUUCGCAGUGUUGUUGAUUUCGAUGAUACGAGAUCAGCGAUAACAACCGACGAAAGGCAUACUGUUUUUGAACAUCCACUAAUGUCUACAACAAGAAGUCGUGCGGUGGAUGCAAAACAAAUCCUUGUUUCAAAAAAUUCCAUUUCACCGCCACAGUCUUUACCUGUUAUAUCCCAGAAUUGCUCAAUAUUCGGCAAUUUGGCAACUAUGUCGCUGAGUAAUUCGCAGAAGACUCCUGCACAAACGCGCGCACAAGAAGCUGUUACAUAUCAGGAAGCUGUUAGUAGUCCAGUCAUUUCCACUUGUGUCACUACCGUAAGACAUACUCAAACGGAAGAAGGUGAAAGGACGCCGUUAUUCGGUGCCGCACCGACAUGGUGGGGUGAAAAUGGUGCGUCUAAUGUACAAGUUCGAAGUGAUGGCGAUAACAUGAGGAAUGCAGCUUCUGGAAGUACUCAUCGACCAUUAAAAUCGAUUAGGAUGGAUAUUGACUUGAAUGAGCCUUUUGUCAAUGACGAAACAAAAAAAGAAAAUAAAGCUAAAGUUGUACAGCGUGCGUUAUCUUCAACUGCAUUUACUGUUUCCUUCGACAAUGAAGAAGAUUCGCAAAAAGUGAAUUUAUCACUUCAAGAUGCCGCUAAGAAAACUUCAUCCAGGCGUUUUAUGAGAAGAAGUGUGCCGGCAGCUGGAAUACUUUCCAAAGGUACUGCAGCAAAAAUAGCUGGUUUAACAGUUGCAUCCACUGAUCCUAAACAAUAUUUGCUGAAUAAGAUGUUGAUGGGAAUUGGCGAAGAACGCAAUAAAGGACCAGAUCUGAUUGCAUCAUGCGAACAGGGAGGAAGGAAACCAGAUACUGACGAUACAUUGAGCGAAGCAGGAACUUAUGUUGUUGAUGAUGAUCAUGUGAAUCAAAUGGUGAUUUCCCAAACUGUCGAAGAUUCCGAUGCAGAAAGUGUUUCAAGUGAAUCGACAACAACUCAAAGCACGGAAAAUGUUGUUCCUACUGUACCAUUGCGCUUGGGAUCGGUCCUCCCUCAAAUUAAUGAAAAUGUGAGUGGUGGAACAGAAAGUAAUGAACAUCUCUUGCGUGAAUUGUUGCGCUUUAGUUCCGGACGAAUUGGUCAACGUCGCAAUAUCGGUGAACAUCAAGUUGUUGCACCAUUUACACCACUUUCGAAUUCAUCACGUCUAACUGGUGCAACGGGAACUCAUGUAGGGGUUGCACGUCGUCCAGAAACUUCUAGGACAGAGGAACGUCACAGUUCGCAUCGUUUAUGUACUAUGGCAUCCUCUUCACGUGCAUCACUCUCAUCCCAAACGCAUCGUACACAAACAAGUGGAAUAAAUGAUAAUAACUUCAGACGUGGUGAUGGUGGUCGAUAUUCGAUGCGAUUUUCUGGUAUUAACACUAAAACUCAUCCAACUUCUGCUGCGGUCAGUCGGAACGAGAGACCACCAUUCCGUGUUGGAGGUAGUGCAAGAAAUCAGACAAGUGGAACAAAAGUACAAAAAGAAAGUGCUGAAAUGACUGCUUGGCUAAGACGUAAGGAUUAUAAUCCGAUGAAAGCAGCAGCUGAAGCAAAGAAAUUGCAGCAACUGAAAACACGAGUCGACAAAUUUGCUUCAAAUCGUUCAAUAUCUUUUCAUCAAGGAACUCGACCCUUUACUAAUGUAUCACCGAUCGUCCGAAAUUCAAGCAAAGUUCGUCACAAUCGGUCUCAAGAUGACUUAUCAGUCGAUAAUGCUGCUUGUGGGCCGGAAACAAUUCUUGUCAGUUAUUCAAAAGAUGUUACGAGAGAUUUGAACAAAUUACGUUCUGUUGAAGCUACCCAAGAUCAAACUCGUAUAGAUGGUCUUGAAAAUGCUGUACAGCAACUUACAAUGAAAUGUAAUCGAAGCAUCGAAUUGAUAAAGAAUUCUCAUCAAGGACAUUUAUCGGAAUCAGUGGAAAAUUUAUUGGAAAUGGCUAUUAAGCCGGUGAAAGAUUGUACGGGAACAGUAACCGAUCAGCUGGAUCGGUUAUCUGCAGCAUUUGAUGCAAUACAAAAGUAUUUAGAAGUCUCAUCAGCAUCGCUGCCAGCAUCGCCGUCUGGUUCUAGUCCCACUUCAUCAGUCACAGCACUGUCGACCUCUCCAAGUCGACGACCAUGUAGUGCCUACCAAAGUAAGCUUGCAGCAGCUAAGCGCAAUUCAUUAGGUGGUCAAAAAAAUUCAUGA